AUGGCACCCCUGUGCUGGAGCUGGCAGUCACAAGAGCAGCGUGUGUACGAUUCUGGCAUCGCCUUCCCCCACAAUGGCGCCGUCCACAGGUUCAUUGGACCGCCCAAGUCGGUUGCCGCCCAGCGUGGCCGUGAGCCGGCCUUCUUUGUUGCUGGGGUCGGUGUCAAUGCCGCCCAUGUGGAUGAUUAUCUAGCAGGAUUUCAACAAUGCAUAGAAUGCCAAGAGACCAGUGUGGUGACCUCGACACGCGGUAGCAUUGGGGGUCAGAGAUGGUGGGAGAUGGCAUGCCCCAAUCUGGGAGGUUGA